AUAAGCGUAAGUUAAUAACAACAAAGAAUUUGACAAUUUUCUUAUUUUAUUCAGUAAAGCUGUUUGAAACGAAUACGACCAUUGCUUGUUUCAUUCGCAUUGACCAAGACACAUACAUAUGGGCAGUAGCGUCAUCUUACAGCUGGCGCGAAAGUACGGUGCAGUGAUAUUCUUUCCAACUGUUGCAGUCGGCUCCAUCUACGCAGACUGGUCCCAUACACGCGCGUGGAAACGCCAACAACUGCUAGCAGCACAGAGCGCGGCGCUGAAGAGUCAAAGCUAAAUCAAAUACAACACAAAAUGGUGCUCGGUCUGGAUAAGCGCGCCUUGUGGGCGGCGUUACCGCUGCUUGGCUUUGCGAUUGGCCAUUUUCUGGAUAAAAAGGAAACGGAACGGAUGACCAUGUUCCGCGACAAGAGCGCCCUCUAUGCGCGCCCCGCUGGCAGCGAAAACCAGCCGCCGUCCUGGUGAUUAGGCAUUAAGGUUGCAUACUAUCACAACAAUUUUUUUUUCCCCCUCACUGUCGUUAAAAUAAACUGUAACAUGGCUAUGUGAAA